CCGAACUGCCGACCCGAGUCGUCCCUACUCCUCCGAUCUCGAUCCAACGGUCAAGAUCAUCUGAUCACCCACGAAUCCCGAUCCCAAGUCAAACUAAAAUCCCGAAUCCCAUUUCCCAUCUCUCCCUUUCUCCUACAAAACCGAUCGGCCGGCACCGCUAGGGAUUUUUCCUCACCUCUCUCAUUUCUCUUGUAAUGCAAGCUUGCAGCAAGAAGAAGAAGAAGCGAGUACACGUGGCAGAAUCGGAGCCUUCCAACAGCAUCGCCAUGCCUCUGACUGACACCUCCGCCGCUUCGGUGCCGGACGAUUGCUUCCUCUUCCCGGUGGAGGAGAUCGUGCAGUAUCCGUUGCCGGGCUACGUCGCUCCGUCGUCGGUCGCCUUCAGCCCUGAUGAUUGCUCGAUAUCGUAUCUGUUCAGCGCCGACGGGACACUUAGCCGGCGGGUCUACGCCUUUGAUAUCACGACACGUAAGCAGGAGCUUAUCUUCAGCCCGCCGGAUGGAGGGUUGGAUGAGAGCAAUCUGUCGGCCGAGGAGAAGCUGAGGAGGGAGCGGAUGAGGGAGCGUGGGCUGGGUGUUACGCGCUACGAGUGGGUGAAGUCAGCUGGGUCGAAGAAGCGCAGUAUCAUGGUGCCUUUGCCCGCCGGGAUCUAUUUUAAGGAUGUCUCCUGUUCUAAACCAGAACUUAAGCUGCAAAGCUCAGCAUGUUCGCCAAUUAUUGAUCCUCAUCUCUCUCCAGAUGGAAGUAUGCUUGCUUACGUAAGAGAUGAUGAGCUGCAUGUUUUGAAUUUGUCAUAUGGCGAGCCUAAACAGUUAACAUCUGGUGCCAGAGGAAAUGCAAAGACGCAUGGUCUUGCUGAAUAUAUUGCACAGGAGGAGAUGGACCGAAAGGCUGGAUUCUGGUGGUCACUGGAUAGCAAGUACAUUGCAUUCACACAAGUUGAUGCAUCAGAGAUACCUCUUUUCAGAAUCAUGCAUCAAGGAAAAAACUCCAUUGGUUCAGAUGCACAGGAAGACCACGCCUAUCCCUUUGCUGGAACGUCAAAUGUCAAAGUCCGGAUUGGGGUUGUUUCUGCUUGUGGUGGGGAAGUUACUUGGAUGGACCUUCUCUGCGGAAGCCAGGAUGAAGCCAACAAGGAUGAAGAAUAUUUGGCCAGGGUCAGUUGGAUGCCUGGAAACAGUCUGAUAACUCAAGUUCUGAACCGGACCCACUCCAAACUAAAGAUUCUUAGGUUUGAUAUCAGUACGGGCAAAAGGGAAGUUCUACUGGUAGAAGAACAGGACACAUGGGUCAAUUUACAUGAAUGUUUUACACCUCUGGACAAGGGAGUCGAUAAAUUUUCUGGAGGAUUUAUUUGGGCUAGUGAUAAGACAGGCUUUCGACAUCUCUAUCUUCAUGAUAGGAAUGGGGUUUGCUUGGGGCCCAUCACAGAAGGCGAUUGGAUGGUUGAGCAAAUCUCUGGUGUCAAUGAGAAUGCAGGUCUUGUAUAUUUCACUGGAACCAAGGAUGGGCCUUUGCAGGGUCACUUAUACUGCACCAAUCUAUUCCCUGAUUGGAGCCUUCCGUUGCAGCCUCCACAGAGGUUGACUGAUGGCAAGGGAAGACAUGCUGUUGUCCUUGAUCAUCAGAUGCAGAGGUUUGUUGAUGUUCAUGACUCUUUGAACACACCACCUCGGGUGUUGCUUUGUUCAUUGCACGAUGGAAGCUUAAUAAUGCCUCUAUACGAGCAACCAUCUACAGUCCCUAGAUUCAAAAGGCUUCAACUUCUGCCCCCGGAGAUUGUUCAUAUACAAGCAAAUGAUGGCACAGUUUUAUAUGGGGCUUUAUACAGGCCUGACGCGAAAAGGUUUGGACCUCCUCCUUACAAGACCUUAAUCAGUGUCUAUGGUGGUCCAAGUGUCCAGCUUGUUUCCGAUUCAUGGAUGAAUACAGUUGACAUGAGAGCUCAGUAUUUAAGGAGCAAAGGCAUCUUAGUAUGGAAGCUAGACAAUAGAGGGACGGCACGGCGUGGGCUGAAGUUCGAGGGCUCCCUUAAAUACAAUGUUGGCCGUAUCGACGCCGAAGAUCAACUCACAGGAGCCGAAUGGCUCAUAAAACAGGGCCUUGCAAAAGCAGGUCGGAUUGGCCUGUACGGAUGGAGCUAUGGUGGGUACCUCUCAGCCAUGGCUCUAGCAAGGUUCCCCGACAUGUUCCGGUGCGCGGUGUCUGGCGCUCCCGUGACAGCAUGGGACGGGUACGACACAUUCUACACGGAAAAGUACAUGGGCUUGCCCUCGGAAAACCCAGCGGGUUAUGAAUACAGUUCUGUCAUGCACCAUGUGCAGAAGAUCAAAGGGAAGUUGCUGCUUGUGCAUGGGAUGAUCGAUGAGAAUGUGCAUUUCAGGCACACGGCAAGGCUUGUGAAUGCAUUCGUCACGGCUGGCAAGCCCUAUGAGCUUUUGGUUUUUCCAGAUGAGCGCCACAUGCCACGUCGGCUCAGGGACCGUAUUUAUAUGGAAGAGAGGAUCUGGGAAUUUAUAGAGCGGAACUUAUAGAGGUGCAGUUAUGAUACCACUUUCAUGGUUUUGUUCAUAUCUCAUGUUGUAAGCUGGCGCCUGAUAAAAGUCCCAAGGAGGUGGGUCAUUAGGACAGACGGUUGAGAGGUUUUCAUUUCUUGUCUUUUUAUUUUUAUUUUGUUUAUAUUUUUGUUUUUGUUUUUGUUUUUGUUUUUCUCAUCUUGUAUAAGUCAUGGCCCAUUUCCAAAAAGAAAAAAAAAAAAUCCCUUUUACUCAAUAAAGAAACAAAAAGAGGCGGAGA